GCAUCUACUUGUACUUUUCUUUUUUACUGAUAUAAUAGUUUGGAGGAGGAUUCCUUCUAAUGACUGAGUAAUUGUCGGACAACUUAAACUCCACUCUUUCUUCAUUACGGACGUCACAAAGUUUCUCCAGUAAGGAAUGUCUUCAAAAAGACUCUAUGAUUCAAAAGAAGGCUUGAUAGAACACUGCAAGAGUGUGGUCCUUAGAGCGAUUCCUACGAACUCGCAAGAUGCUGAUGUCGAAAGGAUAACAACGUGUAUCAAUCUCAGCAUGACUUUGCACUCGUAUCGCAGCGUUUACACGUUUUAUUGUUUGUUUUUCCUAUUCAUUUCCUUGACCAAUCAAAAAUGAUCUCUCUAUUCUAUAACAAAGAUAUAGUCCUCAAGCAUAAAACAAGUGCUAAUUCAAAGUUGAACUCUUUUCUCAUUCCGUAGAAGAAUUGAAUGAACACCCUAAUAGUGGGAGACUGCUUACUAAGAGUAAUGAAAUCCAAAGAGGAAGCUGAUCGUCAGGUAGACAUCCACGCGUACUGAACAAUUGUCUCGUUGAAAGAAGCAAACAAAUGACAAUUGAAAAGUAGUCUAUGAUUUCGGUUCAAGUCCCUGGGAGUUCUCUUCAUGUAUUGGAGAAUUUUUCUGGUUCUUUCAUGUAUUCUGAUGCUUGGAGAAUGUCACCAAAUAGGUUAUUCUCAUCCCAGUAUUUAUACAGUACAAGUUCCCAGAGGACCCGAUAUCCAUGUGAUAUUUGGAAGUAAGGUUUUGAUAAAUAACCGUACCUUGUACAAGGUCUUUUCCACUACCUUAUUUCCUCCAGUGAAUAUAACAGCAGAUAUUCCAGAUUGUAGGGAAUCUGGCUUUGAAGAAACUAGUUUGAAAGUAAAUGAUACUUUGCUGGAUCCAAGUUUUGUUCCCAGUUUGUGUCCUCUAGAAAAUGUUUCGUUGACAGAAGGAAGAGUCUAUGAGUCUGUUCAAGGAGGUCAUCGUAUUCAGUUUCAAGGAUAUUUGGAAGAAAGCUCGUUGGAACCCUUUUUGCAAGAUGACGCUCCUGCUUCUUUCCUUACUCAGAUAGGACAAGUUCGACCGGAAGUUUCUCUUUCGUUUGAUAGUCCUGGUUUACACGUCGUGACAAUACCUGAACAUGUCCACAAAGCCAGAGGUUUGGUUAUUGGUGGAGGUGGUGGAGGUGGUGCUGGAGGUUCACGCGUAACGCUUUGUUCUGCUAUUCCCGUUGGUGGAGGUGGUGGUGGUGCAGGUGGCACCGCUUUUGGAGAUACAACUGUAGUACCUGGAAGGAAGCAGAAGCUGUUCGUUGGUAAAGGUGGAGAUGGAGGCAACCCAGGAUAUGGAGGAACAGGCGGAGAAAGUUCGACUUUCAUCGACUUGUCUGGUGGCGGUGGUAGAGGUGGUAAUCCUGGUAGUACGAGUGGUCCGGGUAGUGGUGGCGCCGGUGGUAGUGGAGGUGGACCUACUGUAAAAGUUGGAGGUUCUGGAGGCAAUGGAGCAACUUCACGAGGUGGUUCUGGAGGGAAGCCAUACGAGUACGAGUUGUAUUCUAAUGGAGAAGGAGGCGCAGGAGGAAGUUACUUUGGUGAUGUUGGUCAACCUGGCAAAAAUGGUCUCGUUCACAUUGUUUUUGAACCUUCUUCUUCUGUCAUGGAUUUGGAACAUUUUCAGGAAGAGUAUGAAAAACUAGCUCAACCAUGUGGUUUGUUUUCGGUUAUUGCAGGGGGUCCCUUACAUUUAUAUGAGUCUCCUGAUGACGACAGUGAAACUUUUAGUGACUAGAUGGAUGUUUUGUGAUAAACAAUAGUUGUGUAUUUUGUUGUAUCUCAAUUGAAAUUGAGUACAUCAUUUACCUUUAGAUGUACCUAUCUUGGG